UCGCCACACAACUUGGGUCGCACAGCGGAGUUGAUCACGUCACCCUCGUCAUGGCGUCGUGCCGCUCAGCAUUUCUCAGCCUCCGCGCUCCAACUGCGCCACCGCAAGGCGGGCCUGGCCUCUCUCCUUCCACGCGCCGCCCACACGCUUUCCCGGCCGCGUCGCCCCAGUCAUACCGUACCGCCGCUGACGUGUCAACGCCACGUGGUGGCUCGCGCGGGCCUCAGCGGGCGCCGACCGCAGCAGCAUGGGGUCGCCGCGAGUCCUCAGGGCUGCGCGCUGUCCGAAUCAGCGCGCCGCAUAGGAGCGCCGCCGUCGGGACGGAAGGCCCCGGGGGGCAGCAGCAGCGGGGAUGCGCCACGCGCGCCGGGAAGGCAGGGUUUGGGGAGGGCGGCGGGAGGGGAAAGAGCAAAGGGAAAGGGAAGGGCAAAGGGAAGGAGAAGGAGAAAGGGAAGCGGAAUGGGGAGGGGAAGCGGCGGGGCGAGAAUGAGACGGUCACGGUGGCUCUGCACGACGAGGGCGCGGACGUGGGCGACAUGAGCGAGGCGGAGCUGGAGGCCGCCAUCGAGGCGCUCUUCGCGCAGCUCGCCAGCGACCUCGAGGCCGACGCUGACGUGGACGGCACUGGCUUCGCUGCCGGCGACGCGGACGUGGAGCUCGACGAAGAUGAGCUGGCGGCGCUGCAGGCUGAGCUGGACGCGGCGCUGGCGGAGAUGACGGCGGAGGUGGAGAGGGAGGAGGGCGAAGGGGAGGGGGAGGUGGAUGAGGAGGAGAGAGCGCUGGUAGCGGAGCUGGGCCUUGAGGAGGAGGAGGAGGAGGGGGAGGACGACGACGAAGGGGAGGAGGAGGAGGAAAUGGGGGAGUGGGAGGGCGGGAUGGGGAAGCAGACAGAGGCGGGGCAUGAGGGGGCAGAGCUGGCAGCGAAGGGGUUGAGAGAGGAUGGGAGAGGGGAAGCAGGGCGAGGGGAAGCAGGGCGAGGGGAAGAAGGUGGGAAGGAUGGAGGGUUGCGUGACGUGGUAGAGGUGAUAACAGGUGUUGCAGGCGCAGGUGCUGUUGGCGCAGGUGCUGUUGGGGCAGGUGCUGUUGGGGCAGGUGCUGUUGGUGGAGCUGUAAUGGGAAGGAGGGAUGAGGUGGAGGAGGAGGCACGUGUUACAGAAGAGAAAGGGCAAGGACUAGCGGGGGCAGACAAAGGGGGAGCAGCAAGAACACGGGAGGAAGGGGCGGGCGAGGGGAGGGGCAAGAGGAAGGAGAAGCAGCAGCAGGAAGGGGUCCCUGUUGGUGAGAGCGAUGAGGAUGACUGGGAGGAGGAGGUGGAGGAGGGCGAAGCGGAAGAGGAGGAGGGCAGCGUGGCGAGGGGAGGGGCAAGGCGCGAGGUGCAGCUGCAGCGGUGGCAGCUAAAGAAGCUGGCGCUGGCAGUGCAGAAAGGACGGCGACACAUCAAUGUGAAGGCGCUAGCAGCGGAGGCGCACCUGCCGCGCAGGGACGUGCUGGCGUUCCUUCGCCACCCCCCCGACAUCUCCGCCCUCUUCCCCGACCUCCCCUCGCCCGCCGCCCCCGACUCCUCGCCCCGCGCCCCUGCUGACGGUGCUGGGGCGCAAGAGGGGGCGGUGGCGGGGCAGAGUGGGGGAAUAGGGGGGGAAGGGGAAGAGAAGGGUGCGGGUGAGAAGGGUGGAGGGGAGGGUAAGGGGGCGGACAGAUUGGGAAUGAGUGAGGAGGGGAAGAAGGAGUGGCAGGAGCGGUGGAUGAAGGGGAAGAGGAUUCGGCAGGAGCACCUGAGCACACUGGAGGCUGUUUACCAGCGCAGCAAGUACCCCACGAACACGGUGGUGGCAAACCUGGUGAGUGUGACCCAUCUGCCGCGGCGCCGCAUCCUGCAGUGGUUUGAGGACAGGCGGGCGCGCACAGAGACAGGCAGGGCGCACAGGGAGAUGAGGGGCACGCGCAGGUAGCGUGCUCGUGUAGAAGCAGGACAAGACCGGUGCUGGGUAUGCCUUGGGUGGGGCGGAGGUGGGCUGGGGAGGGCUCAAUGUCUCAGAGUAAUGAAUUGACUAGAAUAGAAGGUACAGGGUGUUAAAUUAUAUAUUGAGUUAUAUAAUUGUUAGGCUUGGUAGGUUACCAAACUUAACUGUAGAGGGUACAAUCCCCUCCUUGUAUGCCUCUCUUUCUAU